GGGGGGUCAUGAAGUAGCUGUUAGACAUCUUUCAAAUUAAUGUGGGAGACAAGUAGGUGAACCCCCAAAUCUAUAACCAAAAUGAGCAAAAAAUAUUCAAAGUCCCCCCUACGUAACACCUAAGAAGCAAUGAACAUUGCACUUGUGAUGUUAUACGGUGGGAUCAUGUUUAAUGUACCUAGACUACUAUAUACCUCUAUUUAUUUUUUGUUCAAAGUGACCUGUGUUUUGUUGUCUUUAUAAAUUGUUUGAUCCAAUUUGCACACAUCUCGAAUAUUUUUUCAUGCCGAUUAAAAACUUGAGAUUAUAGUUCCGUGAUUCCCAUAUCCUAUAUGGGAUUAGAUUAUACCAAGAUUUUGCUAGUAAAAUUAAACCAGAUCUGUUAAUACUAAUAAUCAAACAUGUGAUAAAUGUAAUCCCAAACUUUAUACUGUCCCAAUCCUGAUAACUAAACGACAUGACAUUUUUUUUUCUUUUUGCUCAUGUUCUUGAUCUUCUAUGGUUUUCGUUCACUUAAUUUGACUAUUAAGCUAUAACUUAAGUCGUCUUUUUUAACUACUCAUCUUAAGUAAAUUCAUAUUUAAUCUUCCUUAUCAAUUUCAACGCAUCAGUCAGUCAAAUAUACCUACCAUUUGUCCAUUGGCUUUAUUCAUUUCUUUCAAAGAUUUGAUUUUUCUUUCCCCAUCUUCCUCUUAUAUAUUUCCUUCUUGAACUUGGCUAAAAAUUCUACAAACAAGAGGGAAAUUAGUUACCUAGAAAGUGGGGUAGAAGCUUCUUCUUUCUGUUGCUAUUUCUCUCACUAGGCACUAGUUAUAGGUGCAAGAAAGAGAACUGAUGGAGGGGAAAGCAGAGGUAGUAACAAUGAAGCCAAAUGGUGAUGAACUUCUUUGCAAAAAAAGAAUGAAGCAGGAAGCAGCAGCAGCAACAGAAAAAGAAGAAAUUCAAAUGCGAUGCGACGACACAAUUACAGAACAAGAGAUGAACAAAAUUGAACUAAUGAGAGCUCUUGUUGAAAAGCAAGAUCCUUCUAUCAAGGAAGUAGAUGAUUAUGCCUUGAGAAGGUUUCUUCGAGCUCGCGAUCUGGACAUACAGAAAUCUGCAGCAAUGUUCUUGAAAUACCUUAAAUGGAGGCAAAGCUUUGUACCAAAAGGAUCCAUUUCAGUGUGUGAGGUACCAAACGAGAUAGCGCAGAACAAGAUGUUCAUGCAAGGUGUAGACAAAAAGGGAUGUCCUAUUGCUGUCGUUUUUGGUGGCAGGCAUAUUCAAAACAAAAUAGGAGGUCUUGAAGAGUUCAAACGUUUUGUAGUCUUCGGUCUGGACAAACUGUGUGCAAGGACAUCGCCAGGAAGAGAGAAGUUCACCGUAAUCGGAGAUCUCCAAAGUUUUGGCUACUCAAACAGUGAUGUCCGUGCUUAUCUUGCGUCCUUAUCCAUCGUACAGGAUUGCUAUCCAGAAAGACUUGGCAAAGUACUUCUUGUCAAUGUUCCUUCCUUAUUUUGCACAUUAUGGAAGAUAAUAUGUCCUUUCAUAGACAACAACACCAAGAAAAAGAUCAUAUUUGUGGACAACAAACGACUGACAGCAACCUUACUUCAAGAUAUUGAUGAAAGCCAGCUUCCCGAGACUUACGGAGGCAAAAUGCAAUUAGUUCCUAUACAGGACGCCUAGGCAAGUAAUUGUACUGAAAUCUUCAACCUGAUCGAGUUGAUGUAGCUCUCUUUUUAAUAGCAUUGAGGAAAACUAAUACAUUGAAAAUAUACAUCUAUAUGCGUAUAAUGAAAUUUGCAUAGAUGAGUUGCUUUUAACA